UUCUGAGCGUCGCAGCGUACUAACAAAUGAAGAUCAGCGAAGACUUGAUCAAUGCGUCUGCACAGUUUGUGAAUCCGCUCAAGGACCGCGAGCUGGACAUGCGCCGAAACGCAAUCGAAAUCAUUGAAAACCUCGGAACGACAAACGACCAAUUUGAUACGAUCGACUUGUCAGACAACCUCAUUCGCAAGAUUGACGGCUUUCCGCAGUUUAAACGGCUGAAGACGCUCUUGCUGAACAACAAUCGCGUCAGCAAAAUCGCUUCCGAUUUGCACCAGAGCUUGCCAAACUUGGAAGAGUUGGCCCUGAUCGGCAACAGCUUGCAAGAGCUUGGCGAUAUUGAACCGUUGAAAUUCUUCCCAAAGCUCCGACGACUAGUUUUGUUGCAAAACAACAUUACAACCUCAUCACCACAGUACCGAUCCUACGUGAUUUACAAAUUGCCACAAUUGACCGUGUUGGACUUUCAAAAGAUCAAAAAGAAGGAGCGCGAAGUGGCAGCAAAAGCGUUCGCUGGCGACAAGGGCAAGAGCUUUGAAGCGCAGCAUGUUAAGACGAGCAAAACAUUCGUUCCUGGCGAGAUGGAUUCGCGAAGUGAAUACGGCGGGGGUGUCAUGCGAACGGAGGAGCAAAAGCAAGCAAUUCAGCACGCUGUCGCCAACGCUCAAUCACUCGAAGAGGUGCAGCGAUUGGAGGCUCUCCUAUUGGCUGGCCAAGUACCAAAUCCUGGCGAGUCGGUGCAACAAUGGAUUGCGCGAGCGACCGGCCGAUCGCUACCGACCGAGGGCGGGCAAGUCGUCGAGCACGACGACGAUUAACAAGUUGAUUCCCGUCGAGCUUGUCCACCGACCUGUCUGUUGGUUUUCCUAUCCUUUCUGGUGAUGUUUCAGUCGCUUUUCUUUUCGCCUGGCUGUGUUUGUUCCCAAUGAAUGUUCGUUUGUUGAAGCACAAUCGUUUUUGUUUUUCUUCUC